UCAUUAAGCACGAAAUCUUUUUUUUUCCUCUCUUAUCACAUCUCUCUCUCUCUUACUUAUGGGCAAUAUUAUCAUGUCUCCAGGCUGCUUCAGGCAAAACCAUAAUUCAGCAGUGAAACUGAUAUUCUGGGAAGGCACUACAAGAAUUUUUAAUGGAAGAAAACACAUAGCCGGUGAGAUCAUGUUCGAGUUCCCUGACAGAAUGGUCUGCCAUGCCGAUUCAUUCUUCAUAGGUCACCCGGUUCCCGCCUUAGGCAUCCACGACCCGCUCCUCUGUGGUCAAACAUACUUUGUUCUUCCCAUAGACAGAUUCGCCAGUGGUGUUCUCUCCGCCGCUUCCCUUGCUGCCUUUGGCUACUCACCGAGCCCCAAUAACAAGGCCACGAGUCCGAUAAAUUUUGGGGGUAGUACCUCGCCAUUUCAGUACUUAAAGGGCUCAAACGGAAGGGCUUUGAUCCAGGUGUCCCCAGAUUUCAUAACCAAAUUGGUUAUGAAAGGUAAGGAAACCGGUUCCGGUUGUAGUAGUCCAAGCAAUAAUGGUAGAUUUCUUUGUAGUACUCCGGAGCUGCAAAAGCACUAUGAUCAGCUUGUGGGGUCAAAAGAACAAGUAUGGUCGCCUAAGCUUGAGACCAUCUCGGAGCAUAAGAUUAGGUUUUCACCUUGUAGAUUUAUAGGGUUGUAAUGGAAAGUAAAAGAGAAGGAAGUGUUAUGAUAAUAUAUAAAUAUUAAUCUAUAUACUUAUUAUAAUGGUUGCACAUAACUUAAUUUGAUUUUCCGGUUUUAGUCCUUAAUGAAAAGUAAGACAAAACAUUAUAGAGAUAGACACUACGUUAAUUGCUGUCCUCUUCCUUUAUUUUUGUCUCACUUUGUACAUAUACAUUCAGACUAAAUUGUAAAGAGAACACAUGUAUGAUAAGAGAUUUAUAAACAUUCGUACAUCUGACC